AUGGGGAAAAGUAAAAAAAGUUGCCGGGAGAAGAAGAAGUCUUUGAAGUCUGAGGAGGAAGAAGUUGACACCAGUACUGAGGAAGAUUCUGCGAAAGAGCAGCGCAAGUAUAAGCCGUACUUUGUAUCUGACUACAACAGGAGGAUGAGAACAGUAGUAUCCGCAACAGGCAACUUCUGCGAUACAGAAGCAGAUCUGACUGCAGAACAUAUAAUAUUUAACUGUCCAGCGUACGCCAUAGAAAGAUUGCUACACAUUGAAAAACUUAUACAAAUUUAUGAAAACUCAGAAAGCGUCCCGCGUGCCGUCCAAGAUGUUCUUAGGAAUACUAAGACAUAUUUAGCACUUUGCAAUUUUAUUCAUAGUACUGUAAAAGAAAUAUGA